GCGCGGGCAGCGCGCGCACCCAUCGGCUGUCAGGGAAGACGGAACACGGCCCACUCCGCCGGCAAACCGAUCCCGACGCACACGCGCUUUAGGUCCGCUGCCGAGCAACGCCGGCCCCUAGCGGCCAGGAGCCCUGUCAGGCGCUUCCGUACCCCACACCCCACCGGGAGACAACACCAACGCCGGCGUUCGCACACAAGGCUCCGCGGACUAAAGAGAUGGAAAUCGUGCCCGAAGGGAAAAACUUCCGAUUGGUAAGCGAAGACGAGCUCCCAGCGGUGGCCGAUUUCUUAGUGCAGCAUAUUCCUGAAUCUCUAAAGUUUCAUCAGACGAUUCAAACAUAUCUAAACAACAAGGUGUGGGACUUCCAUUUUUAUGUAGCAAAAAAUUGGCCGGAGGACCCAAUCUGUCUACAUUUUCCUGGAUGCACCAGUACGCCCAACAGCCAUCCUUACGAGAGCGUCACGAUAUUCUGCCCCUCGGAACGCGCGGAGCUGGUUGACCUGGUCACCUCCGAGGACAUUCUGCUGGACCUCACUCAACCACUGUACCUGAACUUCACUCACGAGGCCAUCGUGAACCGGCUGGAGAAGCGCUAUGAGGCCUUUGAUAAGAUCACCGGCGAUGUCUACGUGUGCGAGAAGCCACCAGAAGAUAGUACUGAUGAACUGCCAUCGGACGUGGAGUUAGUUCGCCUGCGUCAAGAGCACAUGAAGGCAGUUCACGACCUUUACCCGGCGAGCGACAUCGAGUGCCGGGAAGUGUUCGAGAAGUUGGUCGUUGAGCUGCCAGCGUACGGCAUCUUCGUCGAGGGACAGCUCGCCGCGUGGAUGGUGCAAUCCUACUACGGAGCGAUGUUCUCCAUGCAAACGAGACCUGAGUUCCGUAGGAAAGGCUAUGGGAUCUUCUUAGCGAGGCGCCUCACCAAGGAGGUCGCUAGCCGGGGCUAUAAGCCCUUCGUUGUGAUACGUCCGGAAAACGACGCAUCCCGUUCGCUGUAUUCGAAACUCGGCUUCGAGAAACGUUUCCGGACGGUGCGCGCAGUUUUGCGUCCCCGCUAACGCGUUAACGUUGAUCACUAGCAGAUUUUAUUUUUUUAAGACUUUUGAAAAAAUCAAUCUAGCUUGCGAUCGUUGAUCGCUUAGAAAAUUCUAGUAGUAGCUAUAAGACGGAGCGACUAGUGCUUUCAGUACGAUUCGCAGUUUCGUUAAACUGUGGCUCAAGUAUACCUAACAGAAACAACAUGAUAAUUAAUUCAGCUAUUAGAUACGUACAGCUAAACAGCAUUCUUGAUGAUGACAACUGAUGUUUGCUUACUAAACUUGAGGCACCGUAUCAUGGCAUGGCACUUUUGAUGACUUAAAAAUAUUGCAAUGCAAAUAUUUGUUAGUUGAGUACAAUAUGUAAAGUAUUAACAUUUCAUUUAACAAUUAAAAAGAGUUCAAACAUGCAAAUGAAAUAAAAAAGAUUACAUAAUAUUAUUCUUAUGAGCCAUAUUUUAGCUCCAAUUCAUUGGAUGUCAGCUGUUUUUGCUCAUAAUACAAACAUUUUUGCCCUAUGAAUGUAGAGAUAGUCCAAAAAGCUCUAUUUGGAAAAUAUGUGACUACAGAUUUUUCGAAUGAUAAAAAUCCUACUAUUUACGUACUCUAGGUAGUUGUUUUUUCAUUUACAAAUGUUAAUAUGAAUUUAUAAGUCGAUAUUUAUAGCCGUGAAGAGUCACAUAAGUGCCAUCCAGACUGAUGAUCCAGUGUCAUAGUAGUUCGGCGUAUAAACUUAGGUAAUUAAAGUUUGAAAGUAUAGUCGCUCGCUGCGUUCUAGCGCCAGCCUAUCACUGAUCUCCUUGAGGCAAAAACGUCAAGAUCACCUUUUAAAAUUACCAACGGCUUAAUUUUAUUCUAUUGUAUAGAUUAUAGACGGAGAGCCAGCGACUGUCAGACCUUCGUAAUUUUAUAAAACCUAAAAGCUCACGCUCCUACUAUAGAUAAGUACCAAACCAACUAUGGAAUUAGGAACGGUGGUGGCUUUGGGAGAUAGCUGAAUUUAAGGAUCCAGAUCCUCGUAGAAGUAAGUAUAAAUUACAUAUUUUUUAUAUUUUUAUAGGCGUAAUAUGAGAAAUGAUAUCCCAUGGGAACCCUUCGCUAAAGACCCUUGAAGUUUCAAAUGAAAUAGUGUUUUUCGACUGGGAAUAUAAUUUCUCAUAUGCCGAGAAAAAUAUAAAUAAAUUGCAUUUUAUACUUAGACGGUUGAGGGUUGCUCUGGAAACUAAAACUUGUUACCUUCAAAAGCCACCAUGGACCAAACUUCAACUAACGUAUUUACCUAUGAUAGGAGCAUGAGCUGACAAACUUACAGCUUUUAAAAAAUGACUCAGAUCUGGGGUUCACGGGCUCUUAGUCUAUUACAAAGGUACAAACUACCGCACUGUAUCGCUCAACUUUGUUUAUUGUUUUAGAGGUUUUUAGAAAAUCGGUAGACGUUCUAGGUGCGUUCUUGACGUAGUUGUUCUCAAUCCCAUUUAGGCGAACGCUUUAUAACCACUCGUUGAUCGAGCGGAACUAUUCUGUCUCAUGGUUUAUGAAAUUUUGGGACCCGUAUUGACCUGUGUGAUAGCUUUAACGUACCUUGCGCGUCACGAGAAGCGUAUGUAUACGUAUAAGUCUGCGUAAAUAUAAAAUACAUGAGAAAGAAAGUUACCGGCUUUGCACUCGAGUUGCACAAUUCUUCAAAAGAUUUAAGCACCAUUAUUGUUCAUCUGACGCUAAAAAUACGGUUCAAUAAAAAAAAAUGUUUACAAGAGGCUUUAAUUUUUACUACGUUUUAUUUCUUGACAUAAUAUUAUAGAAGGUGGAAACUAUUAUUAGGUACAAUUUUCAUUCGUAGUUAUGUAUUGAUAGAUUUUGAUAAACAUCUUAAUGUGGGAAGAGUUUUUAUUUUAUUUUAUACUUUUUUGAUACGAUGAACGUUAUAAAAAGGCUGGAAAAAGUAUUGAGAGGUAUUGUGAAGUGCGUUUUAUAUAUAGUGUUUCGCAAAAUGGUGUUAAUUUUAUUGUACACAUUUUUUUUAACUAAUUCGAUAGAUGUACCUAAAUGUAGUGUACAUACUGAAAAAAACACUAUUUUUGAACAUAUCAAUUUAGUUGAAAAAAAUGUGUAAAUUGUAAUAAUUAGUACCACUGUCGCCUAUCCUACGGUAGAUGAAUGCGUUUUGACUGACCAGUUUUUGGUUACUGUAACAUUUGUAGGGAAGUCUAUAUUGUUUUUUAUAAAACAAAAAGAUCAUUGAUCAAUAACGCAAAGAUACCAAUAAAAAUUUGAUACGAAAUGUAGAUAGGUAGGUAUUUUAAAAUGGGAAACUAUUUUACAUUUAUAUAUCGGCGUAGUUUAUUCGUAAUGUUUGUAUUCAAUAUUUACCAGAGAACGUUAAAUAUAUUAAUUUAGUUAUUGAUUUUUUUUAAUAUAAAAAUUAAUUGUACUUAGUAUUUAGUUAUUGAGUACUUUUGUAUUAGUGUGUACGCUUAAUUUGUCUUAUAAUUACGUGGAUUUGUCUUCCUAAAGACUGUGUAAAGACAACAACAAAAGAAAGGCAUGGGUAAAAUGCAGACAAGUUUAAUGUACCUAUCCUAUGUUAAUAUAAAAAAAAUAAUGGUACUUAUAGAAGAUUAUGUUUCUUUCAUACACUUGGCAAUGUUUAGAAAUGGCACAUUGCUUCAAUUGAAAAAAAAUUGGCAUUAGAUUCUUUGCUCAAAAAUUUAGAGCUUCCACCGUUCAUUUAAAAUUGUAUGUAUCGAUAUACAAUUGGCCAAAAUUAAAAGUUUUUAAAAACGUAAAAAUUUGACCGUACUUACUCAUUCAUUAACGAAAUAAAGAAAACUAUAUCCUAGAAUAAUUAACAGUUUAAUGAUAACUAUAAUGCAUAAAAUCAUUUCAAACUUUGAAUUAAGUAGACGAUAGUUUGUGAUGUAAAAUUAGAAAAAACAUUACUAUUGAAAAUGUAACUAACAUCUAUACGAGUAAGUUGCAUAAAAAGCUAAUUUUUUUGUACCGAAAUCUUCAAAGUAAACCAUGUCAAACAUACAAAUAAAAUUGACAAUUUGGUGCAUUUAUGCAGUGGCGUAUUCUACGAUUAACAAUUCCAGACUGGAAUUAAUAAUCGUAGAAUAAGUAGCUAGGUAAACAAGGGCCCUGGUGCAAAUUAAAAAAUGGGGUAGGUACUAUCGAAACGGGUUAGGUUUUAUCCAGUAAAAAUAUUAAAAAUACAAAUACUUUUCUUAAGAAUUAGAAGGUAUUACUUUCGAAUUUCUCUCAACUGAGUUGUCAUGAUUAAAGUCGGGUUGCAACCUGUCAUAUUUAUUUUGAUAAUGGGAGAAAGUUUCGAAAGUUUAGUUCGAUUGAGAUUUUCUGUUAAGGUUUUAAGCUUGCCCCCUGAGCUUGAGGGCCCCGGGGCACUGAACCGACUAGCCCCUGGAUACCUACGCCACUGCAUUUAUGCACAGUGAAAAAUGGAAAUAAUUUAAGAGGCUUUAAUUAUUGAGGUACAUUUAAAUAUUAAGGGUCGGUUUCACUAGCCGCAAGAUUUCCCACUUUCUUGUAAAUAAGCUAACAGACACAAAUCUGAAACCGUCAAUGUAGUAACGCCCUUGUAAAAAAUGUAGUAAAGCCCAGUGCAAACUAUACGCUAACAUGAAUAGAUAUUGUAUUAACUACAACAUACAAUAUUUCUACCAUAAGACUGUAAAGCCUCAAAUACACUACUCGACGCUUCGACGAGGUUCUAAUUCGAGCCGAGUAGGGCCCAAGUGGCACGUCGAGUCUCUUUCUACAAACGCUAACGCUUCGAAAAUUUAAAAAUGAACGGGAAUGACAUUCACUAUCGACAGGUCACGUGAUCAAGUUGUCGUUCGGAUCUGUAAUUCCCAUACACUUUAUUAGUUUUCGAAUUAGCGUUUGUAGAAAAAGAAACGACGUACCACAUGGCUAAGGGCCUAGAUCACUUCGCGACCUUUAACUCGGACGCAAAAAACGACAACUUACAGAAGUUCGCGAGUAGUGUAUUGGGGGUGUAAGCUUUUACGCUAGGUUGUACACUUGGGUCUUACAAAAUUUAAUUAUUAUUUAGGCAUUUAAUGUAACAACACUGUCGUCAACUUAUUUAAAGCCCUUAAAAAAGUCAUUAACAACAUGCAAUCAUGCUAAAGCUUUCCCCACUUUCCUACAUUUGGUAGGUACAUACGAUUUAAGUAGUUCGAAAUAUUUCUCGAAAAUUAUUAAUUAUAAGUACAGUUUUCUGAACACUUCCCCUUGCCUAAGUAAACAAUGAAGACAUCAGGACACAUCUCCGUCCUCGAAACUGCAGUCGAUGCGAAUAUAAUAUUGUAAUCGCAAUAUAUUUUGAAAAAAAAAGGAUAUUUAAAAAACUCUGCAACUACACAAAGAUAAUGUAGUGUCCGUUCUGUAUUGUUUAUCACAUUUACCUUGCAAAGGUAUCAAAAAAUUAAUUAAAAAUGAAAUAUAAUAUACAA